UUCAGCUUCAAAGAAGAGAGCACGAAGCUUAUCUCAAGCUUGGAAAACUUACCUUUGUCUCUCCACCACUCGCCGCCGUCCGUACGAGGAAGAGGACCCUCUUCUCCUCCCGUCCCGACCCGGAGCUCCGCCGCCGCCGCGGCCGCCGCCUGACGCGCGCCGCCGCUCCCUUUCUCGCCGCGUCCCUGCCCCCCUCCGCAAUCUCCGGAACCCGGGUGUUCGAGAUUUCAUCAUGCUUUCCCUGUGGUGUUGGGCGCCCGCAUUCGGUAUAGCAUUCGAGAGAGCCGUCGUUCUGCGGCCGCGAAAGUUCAACUCUCUAGUGGUUUGCGGUGCCAGGGGUCCGAGGCCGAGAUAUCCUCGCGUGUGGAAAACUGAUAAGAGAAUCGGAACCGUGUCCAAGUCGCAGAAGCUUGUCAAAUGUAUUAAGGGUUUGUCUAAUGUAAAGGAGGAGGUUUAUGGUGCUCUUGAUUCAUUUGUUGCAUGGGAACUGGAGUUUCCCUUGAUAGCGGUAAAGAAAGCACUGAAGACGCUUGAAGAUGAGAAGGAAUGGAAAAGAAUAAUUCAGGUUAUCAAGUGGAUGUUCAAUAAAGGUCAAGGGAAGACCAUGGGAAGCUAUCAAACUUUAUUAAAUGCUUUAGUCGAGGAUGGACGAAUUGAGGAAGCAGAAGAGCUAUUUCAAAAGAUAUUCUCGAGAUACAUGGAGGGUUUGCCCCGUAUUUUUUUCAUGAAAAUAAUCUCCUUGUAUUACAGAUUGGGGUCAUACGAGAAGAUGUUUGAGGUUUUUGCUGAUAUGGAAGAGCUGGGUGUUCGACCUGAUACCUCGAUUGUCAGGAUGCUCGGUGAUGUAUUUAUGAAGCUAGAGAUGUUGGACAAAUACGAAAAGUUAAAUAGGAAAUAUCCACUGCCAAAAUUUGAAUACCGAUACAUCAAAGGCAAGCGCAUAAGGAUAAGGGUUUAUCCAGACGAUAGUACUGAAGAGGUAACACAGAGAGACUCUGGUAGAGAUGAACCGGAAGAUGCAGGAAGCAUGAAUCCUGACAAUGAAUUGAAAGAAGUGCCAGGAACAGGCCUGGACAUGAAUGUAUUAGGCGAUGCGGCUUCUGGAGACCUUGAAUUUGUAUAGCUCAGAACUUGAAUGUGGCGUUUUCGUGUCUGCUUCAUCAUAGCAGUUGUGCCGCAACUCUUUCAAUAAUCUAGCAAUAUUAGGCCACUCUUGCCAUAUUUGGAAACAACAGCUGUCCAGCAAUUUGACUGAAGAUGUCCAGCUGUUCAGUAAAUGAUAUGGAUACAGUCCUUGAUGUCUUUGUUGUGUUGUAUUCAUCAAGAAUUGUGCAUUGGUGCGGGAGAGAGGCAGCUCAUUCUGGAUACAUUGCAAGUUUUCACCAUGUCCUGAGACGGAUGGACUUAAAAUCCUGACUACGGUCACACGAGAUGCUUUGGGUAAUGUUCAACUGUUUCAGGAAACAUGUACAAGUAUUAUUUGUAGCACUAGCAUUAGACAGUAGUACGUAUCUGAAAUGGAAUGGUUGUACUAGAAAACCUUAGAUGUUAGUAAUAUCGAUCGGGUGUUGUAGAUGAAUCUUUUGCCGCUUUCAGCGUCGUCUUACAUUACCUCCUUGUUUGAAAAAACGUGAAGCGCCAGUUCAGAUA